AUGAACUCUGGCUCUGCCCAGGAUGUGGCAGUCGAGCAUUUCCUGCGUGACAUAGAGAGGCGAAGCAAGCGGCUACACUGCGCUGUGAUAGGCUGCGAGGAGGAGAGACCCCGCAGCGACAUGAACCUGCUGUAUCGUAAGAGCCGUUUGGACUGGAGGCAGAGGGACCAAGAGGGAAGUAAAAAGAGCUCCACCCAAAAUGACCCUUCAGCUACCGUCGGCAAAGUCAGAGACUUGGCUUCUUUCCGCCGGCACUUCCGAAUGGGUUUCAUGACCAUGCCGGCCUCCCAGGACCUGUCCCCUCACUCCUGUGCCUCCGCCAUGGCGCCACGCUCACAGUCAUGCCAUGCGGUCGGUGCUGGGGAUGCAAGUCUAGAGAAUGGAGACUACUCUGACACCCAGUCCCAACAUGGUGGGCGCUGCCCUCCGGCCAAACCCAAACGUCACCCCAGCACUCGCCUCAGCUCCUCAUCCGCUGACAGCAGAGGACCUCCCGAAACGCCGCCACCUCCCCCGCCCUCUCAUUCACAGACCAAACACUCAGAGAAGAAAAAUGCCAUGAAGAAGUCUGACUCUGGGGACAUGGGAUCAAAGAAGGUUCCUCCUUUAAAGCCCAAGAGAAGUCCCAGCACGCAGCUUUCCUUUGACCCCCUUCCUCCACGUGUGCCUCCUUCUGCCACAUCCCUGCCUUUCCAGGCAGCAGACUCUCAGAUUCAGACAGGAGACGGGGAGGAUGAGCCAGUCUAUAUAGAGAUGGUGGGCCAGGUGUUCACCAGAGACAGCCAGACCGCCACCCCCCACCCUGUUACCCCUGUGGCCACCACACCUGACUCUGAUUCAGACCAGAGUGAGGCUAUCUACGAGGAGAUGAAAUACCCAUCGCAAGAGGACAGAGAGUCCCAUAGACACCCCCCAUCCAAACACGAAAAACUGAAAUCCUCUAAACAUUACCAUGUCACUUCAUCUUCCUCAAACAGCUCCUCCUCUCUGCCACGCCCAUCCUCUUCCUCUCCCUCCUACUCCAAACCCAAAGCCACUGUGUCGAUCUCUCAUUCAUCUCCUCUGCCCUCCUCCACAUCCUCCACCCCUGUCCCCCAGGUCCUUUCCGCCAGUCCCCACACCCCACGAGCGCCUACUCCCUACCUGCUGCAAGGGGGUAAAUCUGAGCCCGAGUCCAACACGAAGAUCCCAGCCCCUUUUCCCAACCUUCUACAACACCGGCCACCGCUGCUGGCUUUCCCUCAGCCCGCAGCAGCCUCCAGUGGGGUCGGGGUGCAAAACAAGGUUUCUGCCUCUGCUAAAAUGGGGACUCAAACGUCCAGCGUCACGACUCAAGCCAGCACCUCCUCCUCAACGUCCUCUAAUGUAUCUGUAUCCAUGUCAGGCUCUAAAGAGUCGUCAGGAGGAAGUAUAACGCCGCAGGACAAACACAGCAGAGACGCCCAGUUGGGCCCUGCUCCUGGACUGAGAGCCAGGAGUCACUCAACACCUCUGCCUCCAUCCUCCAAAUCCACGUCCCCUUUCUCCCAACACCACCACCACCCUCACCACCGCCCGUCGCACUACCAUCACUAUCGUAAGCCAGAAAGAGGGGACUCUCCUGCUCCGACCAAGAGCAGCUCUCAGACUUCGUCACAGGCCACCGUCCAGACCCAAACCUCAAGUUCAGGCAAGGAGGGCAAAUCGGUUAGCUUCCUCUUAAAGACAGAUAGAGGAGAGAGGGAUAAGGACAGAGACAAGGAAAGAGAGAGGGAACGAGAUAGAGACCGAGACCGAGACCGAGACAGAGAUCGGGACCGAGACCGAGACCGAGACCGAGACCGAGACCGAGACCGAGACCGAGACAGAGACAGGGAUCGGGAAAGGGAUCGGGACAGGGAUCGGGACAGGGAUCGGGACAGGGAUCGUGACAGGGAUCGGGACAGGGAUCGUGACAGGGAUCGGGACAGGGACGGAGGGCCGCAUUCCUUACAGAUGGAUAUCAUCACUAGCAGCCACACAUCUCAUAGCAGCACCAGCUCAACCCCUACGCCAUUAUCUUCAUCCCAGCGUCCUCAUUCUCGUCCACACCUCCGCUCUCACACUCCUCAUGGCCUGCCAGCAUACAAGCCCCCCUCCUCAGACAGCCCCCUGCUGUGGACCUACCCUUCCGGUGGCUUCCGGAGACCGCCCGCUUACGAGAGCUUGAGAGGAAGCUCUCAUACGCCAAGUCUGCAACAGCCCUCGAGUCUUACGGGUGUAGGUGAGGGGGCAUCUAAGAGUAACGGAGGGUCCAUGUCCCUCCAGUCCAAAGUUGGCUUCAUGCCCUGGGACAGCAGUGCCAGCUUAGCCGCAGAUGAGGGGUCUUACUGGCCCAUGCAGAGGAAAUUGUCCUUCAGCCACGGGAGCAGAGAGACAGAGAAGGACGAAGGACGCACGUGGAAUGGCAGUGCUGAUGCCCUGUUAAGGAUGGAUAAAGAGGAGUUAGGGAUGGGGUCUCGCGGAGGCCACUCAGGCAUCCCGGUUCACUUCAGUGGUGCAACUAGCAGGGCCCUUGGUCACAGUGAGUCCUUGGCAGGCGUGGACAGCAGCCCAGGAUUCAGAGCCCUGCCCAGAGUGGGACUGCCUCUUCCCUGCCAGACUUUCCCUGCCUGUCGCAAUGGAGAAGUGGGGCGGCUGGGCCGCUCCUCCUCUGCUGCUGGAGUGAGACAGGUGGGUGGAGGAGAUGUCCCGAGACAGAACAGUCUACCAGCACGAGAAGCCCUGAAUCAGCUGCAUGGUCUGGCCCAACCUCAAGUGCCCUGCAAUAGGCUGCAGUGGCGUCUUUCCUCCCAUUCCUCCUCAUUUGGAGUGGAGCUGUUUAACUGCUUCCCAUAG